UGUGAUGUGUCACUCUUGUGUAUACCGACACAAAAAUCGAUUAUUGUUUCUGUUGUUUCUUGUGAAAAAGCUGUUCAACAAAACAAAAUUCAUUCAGGAAUGCGGAUUUAGACUGUUUAGGAUAUUACCAUAACGAUCAGUCAGAAUGUCCACGAAAACAUCAAAUAAUUUGGAUACCCGAACCGAGCUUGCCGAAUUAGUUAAAAGGAAAGCAGAAAUUUCGGAAACUCUUGCCAAUCUUGAAAGGCAAAUAUAUGCAUUCGAAGGAUCUUACUUAGAAGAUACGCAACUGUAUGGGAACAUUAUCCGAGGAUGGGACCGAUACUUAACCACUAAUAAGACCACUAAUUCAAAGGCCGAUAAACGGAACAGGAAGUUUAAGGAAGCGGAGCGCCUGUUUUCAAAAUCUUCGAUCACGUCAAUGGCUGCAGUGAGUGGUCUGGUGGAUCCUAGUGAUGCCAAGCACGAUCGGAACAGUGAAUCGGACUCAAUGACGAAUGAUGACUCCAGUGACAAUCAAAUUGGUGCUAUCAAUUCUAACUCAUCCCUCUGCUCGGCUCAGGAUAGUUCAAUGAAAAACGCUUCCAGUAAGGGGCUUAACCCGUCCAAGAGUAGUCUAGAGAAACCGGCUUUUCUGACUAGACCGUCAACACCAACCAAAGAAUCCAACAACAGCACCGCAGUCAAGGAAGCUUCGACACCGAGUAGCACCGCAAAACAUAAGACAACAGCCAGCAUUGGAUCGGUGAAGAAAACAAGCUCCAAUAAGAAGGUACGACAUCGUUAAGGGCGUUGUCCUUCUCAACGGAGCAUGGAUUUUAGUGUAUCAUGUGUUCCUGUUUAUUGUAAUGUAGUUGAAUGCGAAUUUGCCAGUUUUGUGAGAAUGGUAUAAAUUCCUCUAUGAUUACUGAUAAUUAAAUCGGCAACGUAGUAUAAACAUUCAUUGCUAAUUCAAAUCAAAUCUGAGGUUUCAAUUGCUUAAUAUUCUCGUCUAGGACUCUUUAGUUUUAUUUUCCGCGUCUCGAAACAACAAUGAAAAAAAUCCACUUAAUUAUAGAAUGCGGAAGUAUAUACAAUUAAAAAAAUCCUGCCAAAAAGGGGGUCAAUACAAUAAAUUGUUCUU